AGUGUGUUUUGUUGCUCAGGCUGGGUUCAGGAGUUUGACGUGGCUCUGCUGGUGUCGGUCCUGAAGCAGGAGAACGCCUCGGACGUCUGUGUGAUCAGAGUCCCGCCGGAGCUCAAAUACACCGACCACAUGAUCAUCGUGAGCGGAUCCUCACCGCGACACCUCAGCGCCAUCGCAGAGCUCCUGCUCAAAACAGUGAAGAGAAACACACUCACAGACACACACACACACACACGCAUACACACACGUGUGGCUAACAGGCGGCUCGUCUGUCCCGCAGGACCGAUGGUGCUUCACCUCAUGCUGCCGGACACCAGACAGAUGUAUGAGCUGGAGAAGCUGUGGACGCUGCGCUCGUAUGACGAACAGCUGAAGCGCAUCCCGCCGGAAACUCUUCCCUCAGACUUCAUCUAUGACAUCAAACCCGCGUGAGCCACGACCCGCUGCUCACAGACUGACGUCGCUGAUGAUCAAUGUAGAAAAAUCAACAGUGACUUUUCAUAUUGAACAAGGACAAGUCGUCUGAAAUAUCAAGUUUUGAGCUGCUAAUUUUGAAUAAAAUGAAUUCACAAAUA